GCUGUGUCCACAACUUGCUUUAAUCUCUGUGCGGAAGAAGAAGGCGGAAGUGGGCGUGGUUUUCGCCGCCUUGUUGGUGUGGGUGUUAAACAGCAGCAUGGCGCUGAACGCAGAUGAGGAGGAUUUUGAGUGGGAGCCCCCGAGUGAGGCAGAGAUGAAGGUGUUUCAGGCUCGUCGUGAGCGUCAGGAUAAAAUCAGUAAACUGAUGGGAGAUUAUUUACUAAAGGGCUACAAGAUGCUGAGCGACUGCUGCGACACCUGUGGGACGAUUCUGCUGCAGGAUAAGCAGAAGAAGAAUUACUGUGUGGCCUGUCAGGAGCUCGACUCAGACAUUGAUAAGGACAACCCUGCUCUGAACGCUCAGGCAGCUCUGUCUCAGGUACGAGAGCGACAGCUUGCCAACCAUCACCCCCUUGAUGCUGUCGAAACCACGCCCACUGUAGCAGAAGCUCUGCCCAGUAGCAGACCUGAGCAUUGUGAAGGAGCAGCGUCUGGACUCCGAGCUCCGCCUCCUCCUGUUCCACCCCCACAGCCCCGCCCUCUUCCUGCUCCGUCCUCCCCCCCGCUGCAGAACUCGAGCGGUCUUUCCAGCACUGUUGCUCUUCCUCCUCGUCCUCCUCCUCAUUACCAGGUUGCCGUAGACGCGCAGGACGUCGUGCUGGAGAAGCUACGCUGGGCUACGCAGGAGCUGCAGACAGCCGUCUCACUCGAGUCCAGUGUGCAGCUCUGCGGUCUGAUCCGCGCCUGCGCAGACACACUGCAGAGCCUCAAACACCUGCAGCACUGAAACUGUAUACACACACACACACACACACACACACUCUGAGUUACUCAGUACACACUGGCAGGACAUCACUGAUCUCGUGGCCUGGUUUAAUAAUGUACAAAAAAUAAAGUUAAAAAUGUAGAGUUUGGUGUGUAACACAAAUCAUCACACAUGGAGCUGUUUGUCAUGAAGCUCAGGAGGUGAAGCUGUAGAGUUUAACUGUGUUUCUGCUGAAGGAGAAAUAAACACCGGAGCUGAAGAUUUAA